UGAUCAACAAAACGUCACUUCCGGUGUUAUCCGGCGGGCUGGAUGAAAGCAGGAAGGACGCGCUACGACUUUACUUAACUAAAGCUGAAAUUGUUUUUAAUUAGAAAGUAAGAGUAAAGUUUUAAGUAGCCUUAGGCUAGCUUCUUCGGACACAUUUAGCAUUAGCGUAUUGUCACAGCAGUUGUUCGUGUUUAUAAACCAGCCGUUAAUGUUCCAAGAAUAAAAACUAAAUUUUGCUUCACAUUUACUCUGGACAUGGACCGACCAUCCAGGAAGACGAAGGUUGUGAACUACUGUGAAAACAAAGAUUUUGAUGAUGAUGAGGAUUUCGCCUGUUCGAAAGCACCGCCCAGCAAAAAGGCCAGAGAGGAAACGAAACACGAACAGAAGAAACCUCCAGUCAGGUCGUCCAGCCAAGAGUCAAACCCAACAGCAGCUCAGAGCGACAAGAGCAGAAAACCGCUGGAUGAAAAGUUGUAUGAAAGAGAUCUUGAAGCAGCCAUCACGCUUUCGUUACUCAAUAACUCAGACGGAUUAAACGAUUCUCCCACCACGGAUGUUAAAGUUCAAAGCCCCAUCGAUGAAAACACAGAUCCAGCUUCUUUGCUUCUGUCCAACUGCAGCGUGAAUGGAGCAGUUUUAGGCCUUGAUGAAAUCACAUCAGAGAAAGCAUCACCAGCUGCCAGACAAAAGAAGACCUCGUCUAAAGCAGCUGAGGUGCAGAGAAAGAAUGAUGAAGAUGAAGACUACAAACCUAAACUGACUCCAGAUUCAGAGAGCGAUGAAGACUUCAGUGAGCCCGAGAAGAGCGAGGAUGAGGAGUUUACAGUGAAGAAGUCCAGCAAGGCUAAAAGGAAGGAGAAAGUGACCAAGAAAGACAAACCCAAGCCAAGUCCCGCUCCCAGAAAAGAAAAGAAACAAUCAAAGUCUUCACUUUCUAAACCACAGGCUGCAGUAGUUUCCAAAAGUCCCCCAGCAGCCAAACUGGUUCCCAGUAAGCCAGCUUCAUUCAGUGUGAAGCCUGUGAGCUCUGUGAGUCCAGCAGGGGGCAGAAUACCGAAGUGGAACCCGCCAGCUCAGGUCGGUAAAAGUCCGAUCUCAUCCCAGACGCCGGCUGUGAAGUCUCCCAGCGCCGGGCUGAGACUGGGACUGUCCCGCAUGGUCCGGGUCAAACCGCUCCACCCGAGCGUCGCCACUCACUGACAGAUAAUCUGUCAAUGUUUUUAAUCCUGUUUGACUUCAGUCUCAGUUGUGAUGCUUUUCAGUUUGAAUUAGUUCAGAAUGAAUCUUUUCUUUGUUUAGAUUUCCUUAUAUCCUCUUUUUUUCAUCUGUUGUGUUGAAAAUAUUUUACUCAUCUUUAUAGUGCCUGUAUAUUCUGUACAUAAACAAAAAAAAUAAAGUUUAAAAGCAUUUAUC